AGACGCUGUGUUUCUUCGUUGCUCCUGGCAACAGUCACUUCCGGGAGCCAGUGCAGUUCCCGCGGCCCCGCGGCCCCGGAGCCUGGGUUCCGGCCGGCGCGGCGGUUCGUCGGGCGGCGGCGGUCCGCGCGGGCGGAGGCGGAGGGGCGGCCAUGGUGCUGCUGCACGUGAAGCGCGGCGACGAGAGCCAGUUCCUGCUGCGGGCGCCGGGGAGCGCGGAGCUCGGGGCGCUCACGGAGCAGGCGGCCCGCGUCUACAACGCGCGGCUCAAGGUGCAGCGCGUCUGCUCAGCUGCCUUCCUAGACGCACGGAGCUGGGGUGCCCUGGGGAGCGCCGGAAGGGGCGUGGUCUGUCUUUGUGAAGAAUACUUACCGCUUAUCCGUAAAAUGUCCUUAUCCCAAAACAAGCUCCACAAAAUGGAGGAGCUGGCGGAACACGGCGUGUUUCUGCCUCCGAACAUGCAAGGCCUGACGGACGAGCAGAUUGAGGAGCUGAAGCUCAGAGACGAGUGGGGCGAGAAGUGCGUGCCCAGCGGAGGCGCCGUGUUCAAGAAGGACGACGUGGGGCGCAGGAACGGCCACGCUCCAAACGAAAAGAUGAAGGACGUCCUGAAGAAGACGAUAGAAGAAGCCAAAGCGAUGAUCUCCAAGAAACAAGUGGAAGCCGGUGUCUGCGUUACCAUGGAGAUGGUGCAGGACGCCCUGGACCGGCUGCGGGGGGCAGUGAUGAUUGUGUAUCCCAUGGGCUUGCCACCCUACGACCCCAUCCGGAUGGAGUUUGAAAAUAAGGAAGACUUGUCGGGAACUCAGGCCGCACUGAGCGUCAUCGCGGAGCCGGACGCGCAGCUGUGGUGGGCCGCCAAGGAGCUGCGGAGGACGAAGACGCUGUCGGACUACGUGGGCCGGAACGAGAAGACCAAGAUCAUCGUCAAGAUUCAGCAGAGGGGACAGGGCGCGCCCGCCCGGGAGCCGGUGAUCAGCAGCGAGGAGCAGAAGCAGCUGAUGCUGUUCUACCACCGCCGGCAGGAGGAGCUCAAGAAACUGGAGGAAAAUGAUGACGACUCGUGUUUGAACUCUCCGUGGGCCGACAACACUGCUCUGAAAAGACAUUUUCAAGGCGUGAAGGACAUCAGGUGGAGACCAAGAUGAAGCUUCUAGAAGCCCGAGCUCACCUCUCUAGGCAAACAGUAACCAUAGUAACAGUGAUGGUGACCGGUCGCACAGUCCUUGUGAAAGACGUUGGAAUUUCCAAGUUUCUGAGUUUGAGUUUUUACGAUAAAAUGUAUUAAAGGUCGUAGAACUUAAACACGU